GGUGUGUUUAGUUGGAGUGGGGUUUCGGGAGCGCAGCAUCGUCUCAUCACUCUCCCACGGGCGCAUUGCCUCGCCUACGGUCUGAUCAGCCUCGUGUAGCCUGUUUAGCCAUUUCUCCCCCUUUCACGCGGAUACACGUUUCAAGGAAAAAAACCGUUUAUGGUCCUGGCUGAAGAUUUUACGAUGUCUCGCACCGACGAGGUUCACCGCUUGACGGAAAAUGUCUAUAAGACCAUCAUGGAGCAGUUCAACCCCUGCUUACGGAACUUUGUUGCCAUGGGGAAGAACUAUGAGAAGGCCCUCGCCAAUGUGACAUUUGCUGCCAAAGGCUACUUUGAUGCUCUGGUUAGAAUGGGUGAACUGGCCAGUGAAAGUCAAGGAUCCAAAGAUUUGGGGGAUGUGCUGUUCCAAAUGGCUGAGGUCCACAGACAGAUCCAAGUGCAACUAGAAGAGAUGUUGAAAUCCUUCCACAACGAGCUGCUCUCUGAGCUAGAGAAGAAGGUGGAGCUGGAUGCACGCUAUCUGACUGCUGCCCUUAAGAAAUACCAGAUGGAACACAAGAGCAAAGGGGAGAGUCUGGAGAAGUGCCAGGCUGAACUGAAGAAGCUGCGCAGGAAGAGCCAGGGCAGCAAGAACCCCUCCAAAUACGGAGAAAAGGAGAUGCAGUUUGUGGAGACCAUCAGCAGUAAGCAGACUGAGCUCGACACCUUCAUCGCCGAGGGAUACAAGACAGCCUUGUCUGAGGAGCGUCGCAGGUACUGCUUCCUGGUGGACCGCCAAUGUGCCGUGGCCAAGAACAGCAGUGCCUAUCAUGGCAAGGGUAAAGACCUUCUGACCCAGAAGAUCCCAGUGUGGCAACAGGCCUGUUCAGACCCUAACAAGUUGCCAGAGAGGGCUGUGCUCCUAGCCCAGCAGAUGGGCUCUGCUGCCCUUGGGGGCACAAGCCCCCUGCAUACCUCCAAAUCCAACUUGGUCAUCUCAGACCCCAUCCCUGGAGCCCAGCCUCUUCCUGUGCCCCCAGAACUGGCCGUCUUCAUGGGCAGUGGCCUUGGACACCCAGCAAGACUUAUGGGCCCUGAUGGUAUGUCCAUGGUCAAUGGGACAACAGGAGUCCACGGAGAAGAAUAUUGGACGGAUGGGGGGACUAUGUCUGUGUCUCAAGUCAGGCCUUCAUCCCCUCAGACUCAGGCGCAGGGCCAGUCCCAGGCUCAGCCUCAGAGACAGGUCAGCGAUGUCUACUCCAACACCCUCCCUGUUCGCAGGCCUGCCCCCGCCAAGAAUAAGAACCCCGUGGGUGAGACACGGACCCUUCCCAGGUCCAGUUCCAUGGCAGCAGGCCUGGAAAAGAAUGGGCGCUCCCGUGUCCAGGCCAUCUUCUCCCAUGCUGCAGGUGACAACAGCACCCUGCUCAGCUUUUCCGAGGGAGAUGUCAUUACCCUGCUAGUGCCUGAAGCCCGUGAUGGCUGGCACUAUGGGGAGAAUGAAAAGAACAAGAUGCGUGGCUGGUUCCCCUUCUCCUACACACGUGUGCUGCCUGACAGCGACAGCGAUAAGCUCAGAGUGAAUUUGCACCAUGGGAAAAGUAGCAGCACAGGGAACUUGUUGGAGAGCGAUGCAUCACUGCCUACACCUGACUACGGCCUGACCGCCCGACUGCUGGCACAGAGCCUAGCACAGACCCGCCCACGCCCCUACAGCAUGGCAGGUUUUGGCACACAGCCUGCUAUUGAGGAUUACGAUGGCCGCUUUGCCACAAGUUUGGGUCCAGAAUUGUCCCGGUUCUGAGGGAACAGGACCUCCUGACCGUCCCUUGGAGGUCUACCUCCGGCCCACCUUCACUGAUGACCGAUCUGCACCCAUCUUCUACUAGCGGCCUGGUGUCCCCUUUUGUCUACUCAUGGGCCCUUAUUUUCAUUAAGGGAGAUAGAAAAUGGUUAACACUGGCACGUUUUAGUUGUGUGACUGGGGGGGUAAAACAAAAAGUAAAAAAAAAAAAAAAAGUCACCUCGAAUACCAUGUUACACUACUAA